AGCCAAGACCCCCGCGAGAUAACAGCAGCGGCGAUCAAUCAUGAGUAUUACAGGCGAGGUCCCCGGUGAAGGCUUCGACGGCGAGGAGGUCUUCAUCGACGACGAGGACAUCAUCAACGAGAUACCACUAGACGACGAAGACCUCCCCGACCAAGACGAUGAUGACGAGCAGGAAGAAGACAUGAUGGAUGAGGUUGAGGAUCAUUCAGCAUAUGCAUUUCAUGGGCACACUGAUGAGGUAUUUGCUGCUGCGUGCAGUCCUGCAGACGCAUCGCUUGUUGUUUCUGGAGGUAAAGAUGACAGAGGUUUUCUUUGGAGGAUUGGAUCUGCAGAGGAUGUUCAAGAGCUGUCUGGACAUAAAGAUACUGUCUGCACUGUGGCUUUCAGUUCAGAUGGGAAAUUGGUGGCUUGUGGAGGUAUGGAUGGACAGAUAAAUGUAUGGAAUACAGCUACACGAACACUUCAGGGAACCCUUGAGGGCUCUGAAUCAGGCUUUGAGUGGCUUAAAUGGCAUCCGCGAUGUCACUUGAUAAUUGCCGGAUCAGAAGACUGUAACGUAUGGGUGUGGAAUGCCGACAACAAUGCCUUUCCGAGUACAUUUGCUGGCCACAGUAGCACAGUGACAUGUGGUGACUUUACCCCUGAUGGUAAGCUUAUUUGUAGCGGAUCAGAUGAUGCAACAUUGAGGAUAUGGGACCUUAAAAGUGCACAAUGCAGACAUGUUGUUCGGGGUCAUGGCUAUCACACUCAAGGAUUGACAUGUUUAGCUAUUACAUGGGACUCGCAGUCCAUUGUUAGUGGCUCUCAGGACAACUCCGUGUGUAUUGUGAAUAUAAACUCAGGCCAGGCUGUUGGUUCAUUAGUUGGCCACACUAACUCCGUCGAGUGCAUUGGCAUCUCACCAAGGUACAACUGGGUGGCCACAGGGAGCAUUGAUCAGACUCUCAUUAUCUGGGACCUCACUCAUCAAGCGAUUCGAUCCACUUGCGAGCAUGAUGAGGGUGUGACGUGCCUCGCGUGGCUGGGUUCGUCGAAGUAUGUAGCAUCAGGAUGUGUCGAUGGCAGGGUGCGCAUCUGGGACAGCCUCUCUGGUGAGUUGGCUCGUGUGUUCAGCGGGCACUGUGACGCCGUGCAGUCGCUGGCCAUCUCCGCGGAUGGCAACUCCCUCAUCUCUGUCUCCUCUGAUAAGUCUGCCCGUGUCUUUGACAUUUCCAUGUUCAAGUAAAGAUAUAUGUCUCAGCAAGCCAAGCAAGAUUGGCUUCCUCAGCUUGGAUGGUCAGGAUAUGUACUUGUAUGGGACCUCUGAACUUGGAACUGGCCUUUGAGAUGUAGUCAGCAGUGCAAGCUGCACAAGCCCCGCCUCCUAAGUUAAGGGACAUUGAUGGCUUAGAAUGUCUUGGUAUCUCUGCUGUAUUAUUAUGUGAUGAUGGAAGCAACAUAUGCUUACCACUGUUGAUGCUCUUCUGGUUGGGCGAACAGACAUCAUUUCCCACCAGGUUCAGGUAAUCGAUUUGAAAGUGACUGAAAGUCUCGAUAAUACGGGAAGGGGAAACAGAACCGGAACCGUCAACACGCGCCGUUAAAUUUGCCCCCAAGAAAUAAGUCGGUUCAGGUUUCUCAGGUGGAAGCAGAGCGAGACCGAGGAAGAGGAACUGAAGAACACGGCAAGCUCCUCCUACCAUCCUCUCCUCUCUCUUGUGAUGGUGCGGUGGGGGAGCAAGAGGGCGGAAGCCGGAUCAGACGCAUGCGACGGACGACACAACGGAGACGGAAUCUGCUUCGGACACAAACAGUUUGCCGGAGUUGACGCUGGGGGAGAUGAUUUGUGUUGCUAACCUAAAUUUACAGCUGAAGCUGCCCAUGGACGGCCACUACAAGAGCUAAGCAAUUCUCAGUGGAGGUUAAUUGUGGAAUCGUCGGUUAAUGUCAUUUCCUUGAGGGUAAUCGAAUCCGAUAUGGGCUACCCGAGCCAAGAUGUGGACACGCACUUGAAGCGGCAGAGCGAGCCGUAGGGCACCCUGGAGAGGAUCUCGAAGACGAGGUCCUCGGGGAGGAGACUGGCAUCCGCCGCAGCCGGCUGGUCGAUGCUCCUGGAAUUUACUUGAGCAAGUUGCUGACAAUGUUCACAUUCUUUUCUGUUAACCUCUUUGUGAACAAUGCCAAUCAAAUUGCUGAGAGUUAACAUCAUG